AUGGGUGCAACGUCCAUAGUGCACGAGUUCUCGGUGUUAUAUAGCCGUGAUGUUGAUGUCAACCAUAGACGGAAACACUGGGACGAUGGGUUUCUACGAAAGUACCAGUCAAACAAUGUAUGGGAAGUGGUCAAUGCACAAGGUAGACGAGUCAUGGCCACCACGUCACUAAAACCUGGGAAUACGGGGUUGGAACAAUUGCGACAUGAGGGGUUCCAGUUAUUACUAGAGGACAAGAUGUUGCUUGAGAUAGUUGAUGGGGAAGAUAAGGUAAGUGUGAGAUCACUAGUUGAUGUUUGUAAGAGUACAACAGUCAAAGAAGAGCCAAAGGAUGAGGAAAUAGCCCAAUAUGUUAAACAAGAGACUCUGACUCACAUUACUCCAAAUAUUAAGGCUGAGCAUGAUGAUAAUUCCAUACGAAAUGAGCAGACUCAUGACGGCAAUACCUUACGACAUGAGGAGUCACAUGAGAAUGAUUUUAAACCAGUUAUUGAGGACGCAAAGCCUGUACUUACAAAGUCACCAACUAAAGACUUAAAGUCAUAUACUGUUUGUGUUCGUAUAGCGACGAUGCUGUCUCGUACUUUACGGUACCUUCCCAAAGCUUGUGACGCCGCGGUGGUAACCUCCGCUGUUGUUGCUGGUAACACCAAUAAAGCCAAAACUCCAUCCCAUGCUAUACCUUUGCUUUCAUUCUUAUUUUCAAGUCUGGAUGAUGAGAUUAUAGAAGACUCAGAGCCCGAUUACGCUUAUGGUAACGAACGUUAA